UCGCUCUCGGACCCCCCCACAACAACACAACUGCCGCCGCUGCUGCUGGCGAGUAGCCGCGGCUGCUCUCGUCAGUCGGCGCUCAAGGGACAGUGCUCGCUCGCUACGUACGAUACACACGGGCUCGGCUCGAUUCUCGUUUCUCCGCAAACUGCGCGGACUCGAUCCCCUGCGAAAUACACGUGUGAGCAAAAAUCCAGCUGCGCGCGGCAAUCCAACAGCCAACUGAUGCCGAGUGCUCACUCCGACGACUGACCCACGGGGCCGCAGCAUCCGCCGCGGGAGUAGUGGGAGGUGCGACUGCGAGAAGAGAGGAGGCGCGCGACUCGCGCGCACGCGGUCGACCAACUCACGACACUACUGGGAGAGAGGGAGCGCGCGCAGCAGGACUCCAGCUUGCCAUCGAAUUUUCAGCGGCCGCAUCAGCAGUUUUCGAGUUCCGCAAUAUUGCCGAAAUAAUUAAGCUGGAAGCUGUGUGCGUACAGCCGCAGCCGGUUAAAUCGUCGGUAGACAGAGAGACAGAAACGAACAGAAAGAAGCGAUCCACGCCGCAUUCGUUAUUCCGGUCCCUUCGUAUUCCUGCCGCCGUCUGUCUGACAGAUGAGGCUGUGAUUCCUCUGGAAUAAGGCCGACAACCUCUCUCCUCUACACUCGCCGCCGAGGAGACCCGAGAGCGACGAGAUAAAGAACUCCGAGUCGAAGAUAGCUAAACGACUUUCCAUGCCUUUCUGAGAUCGUUCCUUCGCGGGAUCGACGGAAGGGAAUCCGAAGGAAAAGAGAAAAAGCCUCUCGAAAUAAGCCAAGAUGUUGAAGCUGCUGGGGGAGCUGAAGGGCUAUCUAAAAUGGCAGGACAUCAGCACAGACUCCAUGGUCUUCCGCAUGCACAAUCUGUUUACAGCUGUGCUGCUGCUGACCUGCUCCAUGAUUAUCACUGCCACCCAAUUUGUGGGUAACCCUAUCUCCUGCAUCGUCCCUUCGGCACUGCCUACACAGCCCAUCAACACGUACUGCUGGAUCACCUCCACAUUCACCAUGCCGGAUGCUUUCAAUCGUCAGGUCGGCCUGGAAGUGGCUCAUCCCGGUAUAGCCAACGACUUUGGCGACGUCGAGGCGAGGAAAUAUUACACCUACUACCAGUGGGUUUGCUUCGUGCUCUUUUUCCAAGCGAUGGCCUGCUACCUCCCGCACUGGCUCUGGAGUAAUUUGGAGGGUGGAUUGAUAAAAACACUGGUUAGUGGCAUGAACCACACGCUUGAAGCUGAAGAGUCUGUCACCAAGAAGAAGGGUAUUAUCAUGGACUACAUAAUAUCCCACAUCAGACAACACAACACAUACGUCUAUCGUUACUUCGCCUGCGAGGCCAUCUGCCUGGUCAAUAUCCUGGUACAACUUUACCUGAUGAAUCGCUUCUUCGAUGGCGAGUUUCUCACUUAUGGACUGCGCGUGCUCAAUCUGUCAGACACUCCGCAGGAGGAGCGCGUCGAUCCUAUGGUCUACAUCUUCCCACGCGUUACUAAGUGCAUCUUCCACAAGUACGGAGCUUCAGGCACAAUACAAAAGCAUGAUUCGCUUUGCAUACUUCCACUGAACAUCGUCAAUGAGAAAACAUACAUAUUCAUUUGGUUUUGGUAUUUGAUCCUCACCAUUCUGCUCAUUGGAUUGAUGGUUUAUAGAGCAGCUAUUAUCUUCGCGCCUGCGGUGCGACCGAAGAUUCUGCAAUUAAAUUCCAGGCUAACAGAGUACGAGACAUGUCAGAGUAUCACAAGAAAAAUCGAACUUGGCGACUGGUGGGUUCUCUACAUUUUAUCGUCGAAUAUGGAUUCUCUUAUUUAUAGAGAGUUACUACAGGAAUUGACAAAGAAAAUAAGUGAAAACCCAUCGUCUUUGACUUCCUAGGGAAGGCUUAUGGCCAAUAUAAGGCUAGCAGAUGGUAGAUUUUACGAUAAACGCGCCGAUCUUUAGCAGCGAGUGCGACUUGUUUUGUUAUGUCGUUAUAACUGCAGAGAUGAAAAGUAGUGCAUUAUAAAUGAAAAUCGUUUCAAGGAGUUGUUACCUGACGUGCGUGAUCGCCUUUAUAAUGCUUUACUGUCGAUUUUAAUGAAAGAAUAGUUGAUUAUAACAUUUUUUUCAUUAGAAUGCCAACAAAAAAAGUUGUUGGCGUCUUCCACAGUGUCUAAAGUACAUGUAAAUCAAUGUUUAGUCUUUCAUUGAAUGAUCGUAAGUGUUUUCUUAAGAAUAAAUUGAUUUCUGGCUUAGUAUGGUAAAAUAAAAAUAAUUCUUGGUUAAUUUUGCACAACACUUAUGUGUAAUAUUCAGAGUUUCAAUUUUCGAAACAAUGUAAGUACCGACUAAACAAUGCUUUUUUUUUUAAUUUUGUAUUAUUAAAGAACGACACAUUCUGCGAUUCGCAACGACAAUUUUCAACAAGGGAUCAAAAUCUCGCUGAUUUGUAAAUGCGGAGUUUUUAUUAACACAAAACUGCGAGGCAGCGCGUGCCUUCUCUACCGUCCUUUUUAUAGAGCGAUCAGAGGCGACAUGUAUUUUUAUAUAAUAUAUACAAGUAUAUAAGUAUAAAAAUAUUUUCUAAUCAUAGAAAAUAUAAAACAUUCGAAAAAUAUGUACGGUACUCUUAAAUAACUGCGAGUGUAUAAUAUAAAGGAUCUUGGAAUUGAUGAAGCCGUUCGAUAUGCAUAUAUAUAUAUAUAUAUAUAUAUAUAUAUAUAUAUAUAUAAAAAUACGUAUGCCACUGGUGGUAUUACAAAUGCUGUUAUAAGCGAUUUUAUUCUCUCGUAGAUUUUUGUACUAUACUAUGAUAUAUCACUAUGUAAGCUCUACGACUGCUGCUGUUCCCAUGUGAUCUUAGUUCGGUUUUCCGGAUUCGUCGAAUCGGAGAAAACAGCAGCUCGUUGCGAAGACUGACACAGGGCUUGUACGUGAAUGCGCGAUGGCCACUUGUGUAUUAAUAAUUGUUGCUGUUGAGAUUAAUAUUAAGAAAGCAACAAGCAAAAAAGUACGCGUAAGUCAAAUCUGAAAUUUGGUUGAUUACAUAAUAUGACUUUGAUGUAUCGCAAAAAAUAGCGUUUCUUUCAAGUUUAUUGAAAAACGUAAUUUUCGUAAUCUUACGCAAUUUUAUAACACUGUACUAAAUGAAAGGAAAAAGUCAGUGAAGUUGAUCAGUAUAAUAAAAAGAUAAGUUAAAGUGUUCUACGGAACGGGGCUGUUUAAAAUUGCAAAAACGUAUGGAUGAAUUGUAGAAAUAGAAGUUAAACCGCCUACAAAAAUAUUUCAAGAGGUUAAUUUCAGGAAAAGAAUGAAGCAUAGAAUUUGAUACAUUUGCAUUGCAUACUGUUACUCGCGUGAUUAAGAGCUACCGAAUUGAAUGACAACGGUAAUGUGAUAAGCGACGCUUCGAUUGCGCGAAAUUCGGUUUUAAUGCUAAUGAAAUUAAGUACUACUUAAGAUGUUUCUUGCUUAAAACGCACAUGUGUAUUAAAUAACGUGCUCAACAAAUAAUGUUAAUGGCAUUAAAGACAAGUUAUUCUCCAAUUCCAUGUAUUUUUUGUUUGGUACCAAUAUAUAUUUCUUUCAAACACUCGUUUUCUGCACUUAUUAAAAAUACAAAUACUGCCGUAUAUUAUUUAAUAUAUUAUGAAUUCCGUAAAGUUCGAUGAACUAGAAUAUUACAUUUAGAUUACAAUUAUAAAGAGUGAUUCUCUUAGCGAUUGUAAUAAAAAUCGACGAUUUAAGUAGUUUCGUUAAUUCGUGUACCAUUGCUAAUUGCAUACGUUAUGAAAUAAUUGUUGAAACUCGAAAAAUACUUUGUUCUUUGUCCUAGAUAUAAGUGCGAUUUUGUAGUAACUGAUGUUAAAUUUAUAAUGAAAAUUGCAAACGAAGAUGUGUAUAAUUUGAAUGCCUGUUUAACGAUACGUCGCUAGUAUCGUUAUAUCAGCAAUUCGAUUACUAAGUUUUUUUCGAUAUUCUGCAUUAACGUGCGAAGUGUUGAAUCUGUGAACUUUGUAUCUAUUAAGAAAUUUAACUUCUUAUCUUUCACUAUCAUGUAUCGAUUAUUAGUUUGGAGAUGAUUAAAGAUGAUUUCAAUCGAAA